UAGGUGGUACCACCGUCUAGUCAUCAGCUCUGGGGCGGGGGUGGCUGGAGGUCAUGUGAAGGCCGAUCCUAAGUGGCCCCUCUCCCGGAGGCCCCCCGCCCCCCACAAGAGCCCACCUAGCCCCUCCCCGUGAUGGGCUGGACGCGCUGGGAGGGGGAAGGGGUGAAUUCAUAUUUUCAGGUCUUUCCUGCUGUCCUGGCAGCCUGUGUAACCAGCCACAGUAGGCCAGGGGUGUUGGAGGUGGGGUGUAACAGGGCCAGCCCCCAAGCCUGCCUCUGGCGCGGGCAAGUGCUGUGGCAGUCAUGGGGCUCACCCGGAGGCAGCCUCAUCCCGGGCCUCUGCUCCUCCUGGUGCUGAUGUGGCUCUCCCCAAGCCUGAGUCUGGACCUGAUUCCCUACAAGCCGCAGAUAACAGGCUGGGACCUGGAAGGGAAGGUCACAGCCACCACGUUCUGCCUGGAGCAGCCUCGGUGCGUCUUCGAUGAGCAUGCCUCAGCCAACGACACCAUCUGGCUGGUGGUGGCUUUCAGUAAUGUCUCCAGGGACUUCCAGAACCCGCAGACCCCUGCUGAGAUCCCGACCUCCCCACAGCUGCCGACCGACGGCCACUAUAUGACAUUACCCCUGUCCCCGGAUCAGCUGCCCUGUGAGGCUCCCACGGGCGGCAGUGGAGGUGUCCCGGUGCUUCGGGUGGGCCACGACUCCGGCUGUCACCAGAAACCCUAUUGCAACGCUCCCCUCCCCAGUCAGGGGCCUUACAGCGUGAAGUUCCUUCUGAUGGAUGCCAGUGGUCCGCCCAAGGCUGAGACGAAGUGGUCCAAUCCCAUUUAUCUCCACCAAGGGAAGUCCCCCAGCUCCAUUGACACGUGGCCUGGGAGGCGGAGCGGCUGUAUGAUCGUCAUUACGUCCAUCCUCUCUGCCCUGGCCGGCCUCUUGCUCCUGGCUUUCCUGGCAGCCUCCACAAUGCGAUUCUCCAGCCUGUGGUGGCCCGAGGAAGCCCCUGAGCAGCUACGGAUUGGCUCCUUCAUGGGAAAACGCUACAUGACGCACCACAUCCCCCCCAGCGAGGCUGCCACCCUGCCGGUGGGCUGUGAGCCUAGCCUGGAUCCCCUUCCCAGUCUCAGCCCGUAGCCUGGUCUCUGCAGCUUGGGCCUGGGGUGAGGGACAGAGCAGGGACACAGGGCCUGUAGCAGGGUCUGGCAUCUUCACAGCCCCUCGUAUCUGUCUGGCUGUUUGAUCUGCUUCUGUCUCUGUCCCUCACUAGGCCUCGGUCUGUAAGUGCAUUUGGAGAUGGUCAAGGUCAGAGUGGGUUCUGCCUAACUUCCUUUCCGUAAGGCUGGAGGAGGUGGUCCAUCCCGUCCUUGACCAGACUUUGGAGAACUCAGGAGGGAGAUAGGUGUGGUCUCGCAAGGCUGUGAUCCACACACUUAGGGGGCUGAAGCAGAAGGGUUAUGUGCGCCAGGCUAGUCUGGGCUGUAGAGCAGAACCUAUCUCAAACAAACAAACAAACAAACAAACAACAAACAACAAACAACAAACAAGCAAAAGCCCAGAGAAUGCCUUGCUCUGCUGCAGUUAGUACGCUGGGCUGGGCCCAUGGUGAAGCACGGGAUCCCCGGACCACCUUCUCUCCUACCCAGUCACCGGGGCUGGGGUGCAUCUGCAGAUGUCCCACCCCGUCCCAAGAGCCUGGCUCUUUCUGAGGGUGGGAGUCGCCGGUGUGAAGGUUAGAGCGUGUAAGUGGCUAUUAAUGACAGCUGGGCUACCUACCCCAGCCCCUCCACGCACAGGGAGAGGGUUCGCACACUUGUCUGCUCACUCCACAUCAUUUAUUGCGCACCUGCUACGAGCCGCAUACAGUGUUAGGCUCCGCCUCGGGCAAAGCUGGUUCUGACUUUGGAGGAGUCUGUCUGCCUCGCUUUGCACCUCAGACUGACACCUGUCCAGAUGUGGCAUCGGUUACUGUUGGGGAGAUGCCAUUGUCCUCAGGGUCACACGCUCACAGUUACCGUAGUGGGCUCUUGGGGGCCCCCAGCACUCCAUCAAGGAAAAGCUCCCCGGGACAAAGCCGGUGCUUCCCGCUGUCACCACGCGGGGGCGCCCGUGUGCUGUAGGCACCUGGCCGCAGGGCCCGCGCAUGCGCUCCUGUGAACCACUUCGUUGCGUGCCUGCACCACCAUCCUCUCAGGAGAAGGGUGUAAGGCCGGCCUCAGCCAGGUCAAGCCCGCAGAGCUGUGCCGGUCUCCUCGAUGGCAGACCUGAGGCUCACUGGCUUGCCUGCCCACACUGUGCAGCCACCCCGCCCCAUGUCCCGUUGAUCUUGUCGGAUCAAGCUUUUUGGAAAUGAAUAAAGGUGACUGUGGCAGGAG